GUCGCUUCGCUCCAGUCCAGCGGGAGGCGCUUAAAACAUCCGUUUGUUUGACAAAUUAAACCUCAGAGGAAGAAGUUCAGUUUCAUCGCGCUCUCUGUUGUUCUGUCGGUAUGACAUGUUUAAAAAAAAAAAAUACUGUUUUUGAAUCAGUUCAGUAAAUACCUGUAAUAUUCUCUUCUUCAUAUUCGCGACUGAGUCUUGAAGCGAGCAGGAAUAUCUGGAGGAGUUUAUCAUCUGAACUGAGAUCUGCUGCUGUGAAGAUGGAGUUUGUGAAAGAGGAGAGAGAAGAGAACACGAGUGAACCAGAAACCAGCACAAUAAAACAAGAGGAAACAGAAAUAAAACACGAGGAACCAGAAAUAAAACACAAGGAACCAGAAACCUGGAGAAUAAAACACGAGGAACCAGAAACCUGGAGAAUAAAACACGAGGAACCAGAAACUUUCACAAUAAAACACGAGGAAGCAGAAAUAAAACACGAGGAACCAGAAACCUGCACAAUAAAACACGAGGAAGCAGAAACUUUGAGAAUAAAACACGAGGAACAAGGAGAAUUCAUUGAAGAAAAAGAGGAAAAUGAAGAAUCCGGUGAAGUUGAGAAGAAAAAUCAUGUCCAAACUGGUGGAAAACCUUUGAUUUGCUUUCAAACUAAACAGAAAGAUUUAAAGAAAAAAAGAGUUAAGAAAUCUUUCACCUGCACUCAGUGUGAAAAGAGUUUCAAAUGUAAAUCAAAUCUUAAUCGUCACAUGACAGUUCAUACUGGAGAGAAACCAUUCACUUGCGAUCAGUGCGGGAAGAGUUUCACACAAUCAUCAAACCUUAAGAAUCACAUGAACAUCCACACUGGAGAGAAGCAGCACGCAUGUGAUCAAUGCGGUAAAAUGUUUUUAUGGGCUUCACUUCUGAAGAAACAUUUGAAAGUUCAUGCAAAGGAGAAGCCACAUCCAUGUAAUUUGUGUGGUAAGAGUUUUUUGCGUCUUCAAAGUUUGAAAAAACAUCAGAAAAUACAUAAUGGUGUGAGAGAGUACAUGUGCUUUGGGUGUGAAAAGACUUUUAGUUCAGUGAGCAGUUUAAAACUGCAUGAGAGGAUCCACACUGGAGAGAAACCGUACAAGUGUUCACAUUGUGACAAGAGAUUCAGUGAUUCAUCAACUCUGAAAAAACAUGAGAGGAUCCACACUGGAGAGAAACCUUACAAGUGUUCACACUGUGACUGGAGAUUCAGUCGUUCAUCAAGUCUGAAAAAACAUGAGAGGAUCCACACUGGAGAGAAACCUUACAAGUGUUCACAUUGUAACAAGAGAUUUAGUCAGUCAGAAAAUCUGAAAACACAUGAGAGGAUCCACACUGGAAAGAAACCUUACAAGUGUUCACAUUGUGACAAGAGAUUUAGUCAGUCAGAAAAUCUGAAAACACAUGAGAGGAUCCACACUGGAGAGAAACCUUACAAGUGUUCACACUGUGACAAGAGAUUCAGUCGUUCAUCAAGUCUAAAAACACAUGAGAGGAUCCACACUGGAGAGAAACCUUACAAGUGUUCACACUGUGACAAGAGAUUCAGUCGGUUAACGCAUCUGAAAACACAUGAGAGGAUUCACACUGGAGAGAAACCGUAUAAGUGUUCACACUGUGACAAGAGAUUCAAUAAUUUAUUAAGUCUGAAAAGACAUGAGAGGAUUCACACUGGAGAGAAACCUUACAAGUGUUCACACUGUGACAAGAGAUUCAUUCAGUCAGUAGAUCUGAAAACACAUGAGAGGAUUCACACUGGAGAGAAACCGUAUAAGUGUUCAUACUGUGAAAAGAGAUUCAAUAAUUUAUUAAGUCUGAAAAGACAUGAGAUGAUCCACACUGGAGAGAAACCUUAUAAGUGUCCACACUGUGACAAGAGAUUCAGUCAAGCUGGAGAUCUAAAAACACACGAGAGGAUCCACACUGGAGAGAAACCUUACAAGUGUUCACAUUGUGACAAGAGAUUCAGUGGUUCAUCGAGUCUGAAAACACAUCAGAGGAUUCACGCUGGAGAAAAACCUUACAAGUGUUCACACUGUGACAAGAGAUUCAGUGGUUCAUCGAGUCUGAAAACACAUGAGAGGAUUCACACUGGAGAGAAACCUUACAAGUGUUCACACUGUGACAAGAGUUUCAAUAAUAUAUCAAAUCUGAAAACACACAAGAGGAUUCACACUGGAGAGAAACCUUACAAGUGUUCACACUGUGACAAGAGUUUCAAUAAUAUAUCAAAUCUGAAAACACACGAGAGGAUUCACACUGGAGAGAAACCUUAUAGGUGUUUACACUGUGACAAGAUAUUCAAUAAUUUAUCAAGUCUGAAAACCCAUGAGAGGAUUCACCCUGGAGAGUAAGCACAUCACUGCAAUGUACGUGGGAAGCGUUCCAUUGAGUCAUCUGUUAUACACAGUCAUACAAAAACUAAUCACAGUAAGGCCCCUUACACGCGGAGACAUAUUUAGCUGUAUAUGUAAAUAUUUUGUAUGGUAUAUGUGUUUCGUCCAGACGGAUCCAGCAUUCAGGGGAGUGAAAAUGCUAUUUUUU